GAAGGUUAUGUCAGUCGAAGAAACAGUUUUAUUUGGCGCGAUCAGCUAACAUUUUUUGUCCGUAUAUAUAGUUAUACAGUACCUAAAAUCUAUCAACUUGUUAAUAAUUUUGUUUGGUGUUGGCAAAGAUAGUCAAAAUGACAAUAGGUAAAAACAAUAAGAUGCUACAGCAUAUCAAUUAUAGAGUCAGAAUUAUUUUGCAAGACUCUAGGACAUUCAUAGGCACGUUUAAAGCUUUUGACAAACAUAUGAAUCUUAUACUCGGUGAUUGUGAAGAAUUUCGCAAGAUCAAACCAAAGAAUACGAAACAACCAGAAAGAGAAGAUAAACGGGUAUUGGGUUUUGUACUCUUAAGAGGAGAGAAUAUCGUUUCUCUGACUGUGGAAGGUCCUCCACCUCCAGAAGAAGGAUUACCUAGAGUACCAAUUCCUGGUGCAGCACCUGGACCUGGUAUGGGUCGUGCUGCGGGACGUGGUAUGCCUGCCAACGUCGCUGGAGUGCCUGCUGGUUUACAAGGCCCCGUUAGAGGUGUCGGAGGCCCUUCGCAACAAAUAAUGACACCAGGAGGUAGAGGUCAAGUUUCUGCCCCACCACAAAUGCAUCCAGGUGGUCCUCCACGUAUGCCAGUUGGGGGUCCUCCACCUGGAAUGAUGGGUCCACCACCAGGCAUGAUGGGAAUGCCACCAGGAAUGCCACCCAUAGGACGUGGAGGUCCACCAAUGGGACCACCUGGAAUGAGAGGUCCACCUCCAGGUAUGAUGCGCGGUGGGCCACCCCCUCGUCCAUAUUAAUACUUUUGAACAUACUACAGUACUGUAACCGACGAUAAUAAAGGUCUUUUUAUAACGCGAA